CCCGUAUGUGGGGAUUUAAAGUGUCAAAUCAACAGAGCUACAACUACGUCCGCAGGGUUAUGGCACCGAGUACAAGCUAGCUAAAUAAAAAACCCAAAUCCAGUCCUCAGAAUGACUCCGACGGUGAAAAAGUCAUCUUCUCAGAACGGCUUCAGAGAAGAUGAUACAGCCUGCCAGAAUGGCUUGGAGACGGAGGAAGAACCUCUGCUCCGAGAGAACCCCAGGCGGUUUGUCAUUUUUCCCAUCCAGUACCGAGACAUCUGGAAGAUGUACAAACAGGCCCAGGCCUCUUUCUGGACCGUGGAGGAGGUCGAUCUAUCCAAAGACUUGGCACACUGGGACCGUUUGAAGGCAGAGGAAAAACACUUCAUCUCCCACAUCUUAGCCUUCUUUGCUGCCAGCGACGGUAUCGUCAAUGAGAACCUGGUGCAGAGGUUCAGCCAGGAGGUGCAGGUCCCUGAAGCGCGAUCCUUCUACAGCUUUCAGAUCCUCAUAGAGACUGUCCACUCAGAGAUGUACAGUAUGCUCAUCAACACUUACAUUAGGGACCUGAAGGAGAGGGACUAUUUGUUUAAUGCCAUUCAGACCAUGCCUUGUGUGAAACGGAAGGCAGACUGGGCCCUCCAGUGGAUAAACGACAGCAAAUCCACAUUUGGGGAGCGGAUUGUGGCUUUUGCAGCUGUGGAAGGCAUCUUCUUCUCUGGUUCAUUUGCUGCUAUCUACUGGCUGAAGAAGAGGGGGUUAAUGCCUGGCCUUAGCUACUCCAACGAGCUCAUUAGCAGGGACGAGGGUCUGCAUUGCAACUUUGCCUGCCUGCUGUAUAGCUACCUGGUGAAAAAGCCAUCAGAGGAGAGAGUCAGAGACAUCAUCACCAAAGCUGUUAGCAUCGAACAGGAGUUUCUCACAGAGGCCCUGCCAGUAGAUCUCAUAGGAAUCAACAGUUGCCUCAUGAAGCAGUACAUCGAGUUUGUGGCUGACCGGCUUCUCACUGAUCUCGGACUGACCAAGGUUUACCAAGCUGAAAAUCCAUUUGACUUCAUGGAGUCUAUCUCACUCGAGGGGAAAACCAACUUCUUUGAGAAACGGGUGGCAGAGUAUCAAAGAUUCGGAGUCAUGUCGAGCAUGAUGGACGGUGAAUUCACACUAGACGCAGACUUCUAAAAACUGACAUGGCAUGUUACUGUAAAUUUGUUACAUUCGGUCAACCUAUUUAUUUAUUUCCAUACAGUUAUUAUACAACAGAGGUUUUCAAGUCUUACUGUAAUACUGAUACAGUGCUACGAAGUGAAGGCUGUACUCUUUUUUUGUUGUUAUUGUUUUUUGGGAUGUUUUUUUUGUUUUGUAUUAGAGAUGGAGAAUUAUUUAGCAACCAGUACAGUUUAUAAGUAGAAUGGGUGAGCAUCAACAUUUUGCCAUCAUGAUAAAAUAAUGAGGGAGGUGACAUAAAUAGUAUUUCUUUCCUCACUGAGCAUUGUGGAUAAUAAAAACACAGAAUAUAUUUUUACUUUUCUGCUUCGUGUUGCUUGUUUCUAUGGCAAAUUGCUUUAAUAUUUUCUAACUUUUAAAAUACAAUAAAAAAAAAUUUUGCCAAAUAUGUGUAGGUGUUGUAAAUGAAUGCAAGAGGUAAAUGUUUGUACAGCUGAGAACCAACAACAGCCUUAUUCUCAAAUGUAGGUGACAAGAAAUAAAUGUGAUGUGGGUCAUUUUAUGAUUGGUGGACAAUGUGGGCUUCAAAAAUUCAAAAAGGACUCUAUUUUCUAAAUUUCUUUUAUGCAUGUAAGAAGAACAAAUAAUAAACCAUCCAAAAAAAAUUAUUUCAGCUCAGGCAUCAAAGCUACACUUUUUAUGCAAUACUUUGGUUGCUGUAUGCUGUGACAUGAAAAAGUGGACUUUAUAAAUAUUGUUUUAGAAAUUAUUAACCUUUAAAUUAAAGAUAAUCACCGUCAUACUAAA